AUGGCAAUGGACCGCACCUUCAAGCUACACGACGGGAACAAGAUCCCGGCUGUUGGGUUUGGCACGUGGCAGGCCAAGCCUACCGAAGUUGAGAGAGCCGUCGAGAUAGCUCUACGCGCUGGCUACAAGCAUAUCGACUGCGCGGCUAUCUACAGAAACGAGACAGAGGUCGGGGCUGGCAUCAAGAACUCAGGGGUUGACCGGAGAGAUAUCUUUAUCACAUCCAAGCUAUGGAAUACACGCCAUCGACCGGAAGAGGUGGAGAAGGCGCUGGAUAAGACGCUGAAAGACAUUGGUACCGAUUAUGUGGAUCUGUAUCUCAUGCACUGGCCGGUCGCAUUCCGUGCAGGCGACGACUGGUUUCCCCUCGACAAACACGGCAUCUUCGAGCUCGACCGCGAAGUCGACGUAGCAGCAACCUGGGAGGCCAUGGUGAAGCUACUCGAGACCGGCAAGGUCAAAUCCGUCGGCGUGUCCAACUUCAAUAUCCGCCGCCUAACCCAGCUCCUUGAGAAGACGCAGACAGUGCCAGUAGUGAACCAGAUCGAGGCGCAUCCGUACCUCCAGCAGCCCGACCUCUUCAAGUUCUGCAAGGAGCACGACAUCCUGAUCGAGGCCUACUCGCCGCUCGGCAACAACCAGACCGGUGAGCCGCGGACCGUGGACGAUGCCAAGGUGAAAGAGCUGGCCACGAAGCUGGGCGUUGAUGCCGGGCAACUACUGGCGAGCUGGGGAGUUCAGCGUGGGACGGUGGUGCUGCCGAAGAGCGUGACGGAGUCGCGGAUCAAGAGUAAUAUGCAGAUCUUCGAGAUACCGGAGGAUGUGAUGGCGGAACUUGACGCACUGGAGAGGCACAAGCGGUUCAACUUCCCGGCCCACUGGGGAUUCGACAUCUUUGACGAGGCUGGUGAGAUCAAGGUUCGGAAGGCUGCGGUGCAGUGGGCGGAGAAGAAUAAGCAGUAG